AUGGAGUUUGCCUUAGGUGGUGGUGCUAGGAGUUUUCUGGGUAACCAAGUGAUUCCCGCCACUCAGUUUCGCAGACAGGGUCGAACCGUGCCACUUACCGUCACUGCGAGUGGCUCUUACAGUCGCCGAAACGAUAAGAUUUACACGAGGCUUGAUUCUUGUCUGGUGAUUCCUCCUCCUCCCAGAUUCAAGAAACCGCGUGCCAUUGUUAAGUUCUUGGGAGGUGCCUUCGUCGGAGCUGUACCUGAACUCACCUACAGUUACCUCAAGGAGCUCCUAGCAAAACAAGGCUAUUUGAUAGUAUCUGUGCCAUACAAUGUUACAUUUGAUCAUGAACAAGCUGCUAAACAGGUUUAUGAGAGGUUCAAUUCCUGCUUGGACAUGAUUCUCUCUUCUGGAAUUCCAACUGCAAAUCUCAACCCUCAGGAUCUAGCUCACCUCCCUCUUUUCUCAGUUGGUCACAGUAAUGGUGCGCUGCUCCAGGUUUUGACUGCAAGUUAUUUUGCUGACAAGAUACCAACGGUUAAUGCCAUCAUUUCAUUCAACAAUAAAUCAGCGACAGAGGCAGUUCCAUAUUUUGAGCAGCUUGGUCCUCUCAUCCAGCAGAUGAUUCCCGUUGUGGAAGCUUCUCCAGUAUAUGAAAUGGCUCGAAACGCUUCAGGUGAUGUGGUGAAAGCUUUACUUGAUACAGCUGGGGCAACAAUUCUAAGCAACGAUCAAGAAGCUCUCAAGUCUCUUACUAAACUGGUGGAUCAAUUGCCCUCAGUAUUUGGUGAGGUUGGACAAGGGGUGUCGGAAUUCAGACCGUCUCCACUUGAGAAUCGCAAUUGCUUUAAGUGCUCCUACAGCGUUCCACACACUCUACUGAUACAAUUCAACUCCGAUGCAAUCGACGAGACUGAUUUACUCGAAGAAACCCUUAGGCCUCGGAUAGAUUCUAUUGGUGGUACACUUGAAAAGGUUCGGCUGAAUGGAAACCAUCUCACACCUUGCAUACAGGACCCAAAAUGGCAAACUGGGUAUGUGUACACGCCAGCAGACGCUGUGGCUCAGGCGCUAAAGACCAUUCCUCUGAGCGAAACUCGAGUUCUUUCCAGGACAAUCGUCGACUGGUUUAGACAGUUUGAGGAUUGA